CCGCACGAUGAUGGAGUACCAUACUAUCAUCCUGUACUGGACAAUCCUCAUGUCUCUUCGUCUCCUCAUGAGAGACAUGCUCGCUCUGAUGGCUAAAAUGACUGCACAUGAAUUACCCGCUCAACCACGACAAACAAUUGAGGACCACCGUGUCCAGCUGAUGAGCUAUGCCCUGAAGGUUCUACAGGCAAUCUGCUAUGCUACGCUUCCGGAGAGCCGAGCAGUCACCCCUUUUUUCCUCGCGACCGCGUUUCAACUGACAGUUGCUGUCCUGGACCAGGAACACAAGUCUCUCCAAGCUGCCGGUAGCAAUCAGGAAACAAUCCGGAGAUGCGGCAGCCUGAAAAGUCUUGCAGCACAUUACCUGGAUUGGGCUAUGCAGAAUAAGAUCCCUAUCAAGCUGGAUUUCGACGCCCCUAGAGAAUGGAAAUGCGAGUCCGUGGCCCAAUUGUCUCAAUUGAUUUCCCUAAAGUCGUUGUAGGAAUAAAACAAUAUGCAGCGGUUUCUUUUGGGGGGGGUGGGGCCAGGGGGUUGUUUAUAAUCAGUUUUCACGAGACAGCAAACUUCUCGAAAAGUAUCGAGGUCAAGCAGGCUUUGAUAAGCCUCAACCAGUCCCGCCUAUGCUGAAGAAGAAGAAGACUGGUCUGAAAAAAAACCAAAAAAAAAAACCCCCC